ACAUAUUCAUUUGGUUCAUCAAAGUUAUUAGCAGUGCUGAGUAGUCUUAGCUAGUUAGUCCAACUGUUCAAGCAUGUGGUCUAUUGUAAUGGAUCCAAUUAAAGUUCUAGCCACAAGAUUCCAACACCAAUUCAUCCAUAAAGACUUUCAUAAAGCAAUUGCUAAGAUGACAAUCAUUGACUCUUUUCUCUUCAUAAUUAUACACUCAAUGGACAAGUUAGGGAUCAAAUGGCACCGGUUACCGGUUUUAUUAGGGUUACUAUAUCUGGGGAUUAGGAGGCACCUUCACGAAGAGUACAACCUCUUCAACGUUGGAACAACACCAAAGGGUGUUAGGUUUAAUCCUUCUGAUUUUCCAUUCAGAACUUCUGACGGAAAAUACAAUGAUCCCUUCAAUGAAGUUGCUGGAAGCCAAGGCUCUUUCUUUGGCAGAAAUGUUCUUCCUGUUGAUCAGAAAAAUAAGGUCCUCAUAAAAUAAAAUAAAACUUCUUAAUUAGAUCAAAGACUAAAGAUGGAAACUCAGGUGUAGUCGACUUCACUUGAAGUUGAUAACUGAAAAUUGUUAGAUGAUUUGAUUGAUUUGACUAAAUUUUCAUCUAACGACUCUCAACUAUCAACUUCACGUGAAGUCCACUGCACCUGAGUUUUCAUAAGUAAAUUUUCACUUUGAUAUACAUGACUUAUCGCAUCAAGAAAAUAUCAUCUUUUUUAUGAAUUAUUUUUUAUUUUUAUUUGAAGUCUCUAAUUGUGAGACAAGACAACGAAUUUAUAUCGCACAACUCUAUUAUUAUUGGAUGAAUUUGACCUUC